ACCACCCUCCUGCAGACUCCAGCCCUGCCCCACGCCACCAUGAGCCACAUCAGCUGCUCCUCAGGCUGCCAGACCACCUGCUGUGUGCCCAGCUCCUGCCAGCCAUCCUCCUGCACAUCCAGCUCCUGCCAGGCACCCUGUGUGCUCGUGAGCUGCGGGCCGGCUGUGUAUGUGCCCGUGAGCUGCAAGCCCGCCGUGUGCGUGGCCCCCUCCUGCCAGUCCUCUGUGUGCCUGCCUGUGAGCUGCAAGCUGGUCAUGUGGGUGGCCCCGUCCUGCCAGUCCUCUGGGUUCUGCCAGCACCCCCGCCCCAGCCUGGUCUGCACACCCCUCUCCUGAGGCACCCCUUCCUGCUUUUGACCACGAGCCUCCUCCCAGCUGCUCCCAGCACAGACGGUUCGCACCUGUGCCCCUCCCGGAGCUGGUCCCCAGCGGGCCUCCAGGUUCUGCAGGUGGCAGAUGAAAAGCAUCAUCAACCAACCCUCCGAAUUCAGGUGGAAUGAGGCAGGAUGAUCUGGAUCCUUCCCUGAACUGGUGCAUCCCCUCGGGAAAGCCCUGGGUCCCGGGGUCCUUCUCUGUCCCCAACAGGAAACCACACCCGACCUGAGCUGAAUAAAUCGUGCUUUCUCCUCA